UCUCUCUCUCUCUCUCUCCCCUCUUCCGCACCUAUCAACCCUAACUCUCUCUCUGCCUCUGAGAUUUUUAGGGUUUUUGCCUCCGUGCUGUCGGUACACCGGCUCGAUCUGGUCUCUGCUUGGGGGCUUUGAGCCAUUUUCUCCUCCCUCCUCCCUUUUCUUCUCUCUCUUUUAUUCUUCUUUGUUUGAUGCUUCUGCUGGGGGCUGGCGAGGACUGAGAUUCAGUGAGCGGCUCGGCAAUGGCGACUUCCUACCCCGCCCCUGUCACUGCGAUGCAGGUUGGUUCCUACUUCGUUGGCCAGUACUAUCAGAUUCUGAAAGAGCGGCCGGAGCUGGCGCAUCAGUUCUACACGGAGACGAGCUCCAUGGUUCGGGUCGAUGGCGAUAGCAGCGAGUCCGGUUCGACCAUGCUGCAAAUCCAUUCUCUUCUCACGUCGCUGAACCUAGCUACAAUCGAGGUCAAGACAAUAAACUCUCUCGAAUCUUGGAAUGGAGGUAUCGUGGUGAUGGUCUCUGGUCUGGUUAAAACUAAGGACUCUAUCGUCCGGAGAAAGUUCGUGCAAACCUUCUUUCUUGCACCUCAAGAUAAGGGUUUCUUCGUCCUCAAUGAUAUCUUCCAAUUCUUCGAAGAUGCAACAGUACCUCAACACUCUGCACCCAUGGUAUCAGAAAGCAGAAUUGACGUGCAGUUAAAUGCAUCAAGCCCUGUCAUGGAUCCACCAGUUCACAACUAUGUUUUGGAGGAAGAGCCAAGGGAAUACGUGAACUCAGGAAAUAUAGAAGAUAAUCUGGACGACGAAUUCAAUCUGCAAGAACAACAGCACUAUGAUGAAGUUGAAGCUGAAACUGCGUUGGAAAAUGCCUAUGCAGAGGACAAUUCUACUUCUUUUCAUACUUUGGAUGCUGUUCCUCUUGCUCCAGAUGCUGGUCUGGAUGAACCUGCAGAAGAACCUCAAAGGAAAACCUACGCUUCUAUUUUACGAGCUUCAAGGGCACAGUCUGCAUCAGCAGGCACUGCACAGCCAUCUUGUGGCAGAACUCCUCCCAACAUGUCGGAUUGGGAAUAUAAUCCACAGCCCACAGCUCAGCCACCAAAACAGGUGUCUUAUGUUGAGCCUGUAUCAGUUGUUGAGGCAGCAGAUGAUGGUUUUGGUGAAGAUGAAGGUCUUUCGAAAUCUGUCUAUGUGAGGAAUUUGCCCCCAACUGUUAUGAAUGCAGACAUUGAGGAGGUUUUCAGGAACUUUGGCGCCAUCCGGCCAGAUGGUGUUGCUAUCAAGAUACGGAAGGAAAUUGGUGUUUGUUAUGCUUUUGUUGAGUUCGAAGACCUUUUUGGUGUCCAGAAUGCAUUAAAGGCUUCUCCUGUUAUGGUGGCCGGAAAGCCAGUCUACGUUGAAGAGAGAAGAGCAAACACCACGGGUGGUGCUCGAGGAGGAAGACGAGGAAGAGGCAGGGGCGGAUACCAAGCAGAGGGCCUAAGGGGACGCCUGGGUGGUCUGAGUUUGGGCAGGGGAAGCAACCUGGAUAAUGACUACAGCCGUCCAAGAGGCAAUGGUUCUUACUUCCGUGGUUCACAAUGAGUACUCGUUCGAUCUUUUUGAACCGUUAUAGCUGUGGCCAAAGGCUCGUUAGGUUGCUAUGGUGAUUCCAUGUAUGAUGGUUUCCUGAAGUCGUGGUCUGUGCUUCUUGAGGUGUGUUUCUUCCCUUUUGGCAUGAUUAGAUUGUUAAGACCUUUUUCCUUCUGGCCCUUGCGGGGGGAGCUUAGAUGAGCCUUUCCCCUUGAAUGGUUUUUGUGAUGCAAUUCAAGUGGGAGUUUUGGGCCCUAUUGAGCCUUUACACUGUGAGGGGUGUAACAAGAUCCUGGAGUUAUGGUCAACAUGAAGCCCUUAUAGGGUUUUUCUUGUUU